CUCAGUUCUUAUUUACAAAUUUUGUUAUAAUCACAUUUCAUAUCAUUUUUAUCUACGCAGAGAUAAAAAAUGUUAUUACGUAUUUUAGUAGUGAAUUUAGCACAAACAUAGAUUUGAUUUCCAUGUCACAAUCUAAGUAAAAGUGCAUGUGCAUCAAGUAAGUUAUUAAACCAAAUAUUCUCUAGAUAUGUGCACGACGGUUUAAUAAAAUAAAUGUUUCCCACCACUUCAGUUUGCGGAUUUUUUAGUCUGGCGAACUAUGUGAAUAAAUAUUGUCUGUUGAAACUAUCUUUGUAUUUGUUUCAAAGACCCACUGCUCACCAAGGCACUUUUAGAAAAUACUUAUGCACGAAUAUGGCAUCAAAUAAAAAUAUAUUCAAGGGUGUUAAUGACAGAUUUCAUGGUGUAACAGUCGAUUCUGAGAAAGAGGCAUGUAAUACAGAAGAAUUUCCAAAUAAAUUAAAUGAAUCACUUACACAUUGGACAAACAGCAAAACAAGAUGUGUAUGGUUUAAAGUUUGUACGGAGCAAGCAGAGUGGGUACCAAUUCUUGUAAAGAACGGUUUCAAUUUCCAUCAUGCAAAGCAUGGGUUUGUUAUGAUGUACAAAUGGCUUCCAAGUCAAGAAAUAUGCAAUUUACCCACGUUUGCCAAUACAUUGGUAGGUGUAGGUGCAGUUGUAAUUAACAACAAUAAUGAAAUUUUGGUUGUUUCCGAAAAAUUCUAUGACAGACCACAUUGGAAACUUCCAGGUGGAUAUGUUGAACCAGGAGAAAAUCUAAUUGACGCAGCUAUAAGAGAAGUACAGGAGGAAACAGGUAUUGAUACAGAAUUCAUAUCACUGCUUACCCUUCGCCACGGCCACUUUGGACUGUUUGACUGUUCUGAUAUGUACUUUGUGUUGGCAUUGAAACCGCUCACACAAAAUAUCGUAAAAUGCGAAAGAGAAAUUAACUUCUGCGAAUGGAUGGACAUAGAGAAAUAUUUAGGUCAUCCGCACGUUCACGAUUUGAAUCGGUUUUUUCUUAAAAAAUAUUUGGAAUACAGAGAAAAAAACAUAAAAAUACACUGUGACCAUGGAAUACACGCUGUCGUAAAGAAGCCGUACACUGUCUAUCAUGCUAUAAACCACAUUCAUUAAUUAACUAUUGAUACUGUAGCUGAAUUUUACUUAUUAAUGAAAUAAUAACAAGGGACAGGGAAACUGGACAUUGUUAAAUGUUGAUGGUUUUUGUUGAUGUUAUUCAUAAAAGAAAUUUAAAAAUAAAUUAAUGAAAUCCU